AUGGACAAUCGAUGGGAAAAUAAUACAGAAAAUGGAAUGAGAUUGGAAGAUGAAGAAUUGUCAGUAGAGAGGAUAUUUGAGAAUACGGAGGUGCCUUCAUGGAGAAAACAGUUAACAAUGAGAGCUUUUGCAGUGAGUUUCUUGUUGUCAGUGAUGUUCUGCUUCACAAUAAUGAAGCUCAAUCUCACUAUUGGUAUUAUACCAUCUCUGAAUAUCCCGGCCGGUCUGUUGGGAUUCUUCUUCGUCAAGACUUGGACAAAACUACUCGAGAAAUCUGGCAUGUUGAAACUGCCUUUCACCCGCCAAGAAAAUACCGUCAUUCAAACCUGCGUAGUUGCCUCCUCUGGCAUCUCCUUUAGCGGAGGCUUUGGAAGUUAUCUAACUGGAAUGAGCGAACGUGUUGCCAAACAAUUAGGAGAAGCCAAAUAUGGACUGGACUACAAGAACCCAGAAAUAGGCUGGAUGAUAAGCUUUCUUUUUGUGGUUAGCUUUCUGGGACUUUUUUCUGUGUUGCCUCUCCGAAAGACAAUGAUAAUAGACUUCAAGUUGACCUAUCCUAGUGGUACUGCUACUGCACAUCUUAUUAAUAGCUUCCACACUCCCGAAGGAGCCGAACUAGCAAAGAAACAAGUCAGAGAAUUGGGCAAGUUUUACACCUUUAGCUUCUUAUGGGGUUUCUUCCAAUGGUUCUUCACGGCUGGUGAUGAUUGUGGAUUCUCAAACUUCCCAAUAUUUGGAUUAAAAGCAUAUGAAAACACUUUUUUCUUCGAUUUCUCGGCAACUUUUGUUGGAGUAGGGAUGAUCUGUCCUCACAUCGUAAAUGUUUCCAUUCUUGUUGGAGGAAUUCUGUCGUGGGGUAUUUUGUGGCCUCUAAUUGAAACUAGAAAGGGUGAUUGGUAUUCUGCUGAUCUAGACCCACAUAGUUUGCAGGGGCUUCAAGGUUACAAGGUAUUCAUUGGCAUUGCCAUGAUACUCGGUGAUGGCCUAUACAACUUUUUCAAGGUUUUCAGCCGAACUCUAGCUGGGUUGUUUAACAAAAUUCAACUCAGAAAUGCAAGUAUGCAAAUCCCAGUGGUAGAACAUUCCUCUCCUGUCGGAAAAUCACUCUCCUAUGACAACCAACGUCGUACCCAACUAUUUCUCAAAGAUAAAAUCCCAACAUGGUUUGCAAUUGGAGGCUAUUUCACCCUUGCAGCAGUCUCGACUGCAAUCCUUCCUCAAAUCUUCCACCAGCUCAAGUGGUACAACUUAAUUGUUAUCUAUGUCUUUGCACCAAGCUUGGCCUUCUGUAAUGCAUUUGGGUGUGGGCUCACUGAUUGGUCACUCGCAUCUACCUACGGGAAGCUAGCCAUCUUUACAAUUGGGGCAUGGGCAGGGGCCUCACAUGGUGGAACCCUUGCUGGUUUAGCAGCAUGUGGAGUGAUGAUGAAUAUAGUUUCCACUGCCUCUGACAUCAUGCAGGAUUUUAAGACAGGUUACUUAACCUUGGCUUCACCCCGUUCAAUGUUUGUGAGCCAAGUGAUUGGCACUGCUAUGGGAUGUGUGAUUUCUCCUUGUGUGUUUUGGGUUUUCUACGAAGCUUUUCCUGAUCUUGGGCUUCCUACAAGUGAAUAUCCCGUUCCCUUUGCUACUGUCUACUAUAACAUGGCUAAACUUGGGGUUGAAGGAUUCUCAGCUUUACCAAAGGAAUGCCUCAAGCUAUGCUAUGGAUUUUUUGCUGCAUCCAUUUUCAUCAACUUAAUAAGAGAUGGUCUAGGAAAAAAACGUUCGUGGUUUAUUCCACUUCCAAUGGCAAUGGCGUUACCGUUUUAUUUGGGUUCCUAUUUUGCCAUUGAUAUGUGUGUUGGUAGCCUCAUACUUUUUGUGUGGCAGAAGAUAAACAGAGCCAAGGCAGAUGCCUUUUGGCCUGCAGUAGCUUCAGGUUUGAUUUGUGGAGAUGGCAACUGGAGUUUGCCUAGCUCUGUGCUAGCUCUAGUCGGGGUGAAACCUCCAAUCUGCAUGAAGUUCCUGUCGAGGGCUACAAACACUAAGUUUGACAAGUACUUGGGAUCCUAG